AAAAACAGAGUUAACAAUACAAAAAGAUUAUGCAAAAUAUAGCGGCUAUGAAUAUAAGCAAGAAAAUAAAUCUGUAAGAAAUUCGCAAACAGAUUUUGAUGAUAGUAGCUCUGAGUUUUCAGAAAGAAGUAAUACAAAUAGAGCAAGCAAUUACAAGAACAGAAGUAGAAGAAGUUAG